AAAAAAAAAAAAGACUUAUUUCAUACUACUCAUGUCUGCUUUUGCAUUAAGAGGCUGAAUGGAUAUAACAGUAACGCUGAUAGAAUUCAGAGCUAUGGGAAAAUUUACUCUUUUGCGAUCAGUAUCUAGCCUUUAGAAUCACAAAGCUUGUGCUAUAUUAUCCACCAUUUAUUAAAUCCAUCGAUAUUAUACAAGCAAUCACAUUAGGCUCAUAUAAACCAUUCAGCCAUGGUCUCGUCGAUUAUGUCGUCAAGCAGCUCGAACGAAGAAUCCAUUGAGCGUUACAAGCGCAUCUUUAAUCGGUUUGCGUCUGUUGAAAAGAAUGGCGAAAAAUUCAUGACCAGCGAUGAUUUUGUCAACGCUAUCGCCCCGGGCGAAGAUUACAAGCGGUUGCAACGAUCGCAAUAUGCCGUCCUGUUCAAUGUGGCAGAUCAAUCUAGACAUGGUCUCCUAUCUUUGUCAGAUUUUGUUGUAUUUGAAAACUUAUUAUCUCUACCGGAUGCAGAAUACGAAAUCGCCUUUCGACUUUUUGAUACUGCGGGUACCGGUGCCAUCACACGAGAUCAGUUCAAGCAAAUCUUAACUGCCAAUAUUGGAAAGGAUGCGAUUCCUUUUGAUUUCGAUUGCGAAUGGCUCCGGCUCUAUGCAGGAAGCAAAGACAGCCCACAUGAUAUGCCGUACAAGGAGUUUACGCAACUCUUAAAGGGCCUUCAAGCAGAACGUCUACGCCAGGAAUUCCGAUACUACGACAAUGAAGAGACUGGCUAUAUCACACCCGAUCAAUUCAAGAAAGUGGUGAUCGACAUCGCUGGCCACAAACUCUCAGAACAUGUUCUCGAUAACCUUCCAACCUUAUGCAAUCUUUACUCAGGGAACAAGGUGUCGUUUGCAAACGUCAUGGCCUUUUACAAUGUAAUUCGUGAAAUGGACAUGGUUGAGCGCGUGGUCCGCAAGGCGAUCGAGAAUAGUAAAGACGGCACUAUCACUAAAGCUGAUUUUCUGAAUACCGCCUCAAAAGAGACGCGCUUCUCACUGUUUACACCUAUGGAAGCCGACAUCAUCUUUCAUUUUGCAGGGCUAGAAAACCCUUCAGGCAAAUUGACGCUCAGGGACUUUUUCCGCUUAUUGGAGGCAAAAUGGGAACACGCACUUCCUGUUACCCAUCCUUCCAUCCCAGAACCUAAACACGGCGCUAUUCACGAAAUCCUUCUAGGCUCUUAUGCAUUUUUGCUUGGAUCUAUCAGUGGUGCUGUAGGGGCAACCGUGGUUUACCCCAUCGAUCUCGUAAAAACACGAAUGCAGAACCAGCGAUCUAAGGUUGUUGGCGAACUUUUGUAUAAGAACAGUAUUGAUUGCUUCAAGAAAGUCAUCAAAAAUGAAGGCGUUCUGGGAUUGUACCGUGGUCUUGGGCCACAAUUAGUUGGUGUGGCUCCAGAAAAGGCCAUUAAGCUUACAAUGAACGAUCUUGUGCGAAAAUUUCUUUCAGACAAGGAUGGAAAGAUUUCAUUUACGGAUGAGCUGAUUGCUGGAGGUGUUGCAGGAGGUUCACAAGUGGUGUUCACAAAUCCGUUGGAGAUUGUCAAAAUCCGUCUGCAGGUUGCAGGUGAGAUGGUUAAGUCUAUGGAUCUUGGUACCCCUCGACCUGGUGCCAUCACCAUUGUACGAACACUAGGCCUUGUAGGACUUUACAAAGGCGCCAGCGCUUGCUUGCUCCGUGACAUUCCUUUCUCUGCAAUUUAUUUCCCCGUGUAUGCUCACUUGAAGAAAGACGUCUUCAAAGAAGGGCCUGAUCACCGUCUGUCAAUUGGAGAGUUGUUAACAUCAGGCGCUGUUGCUGGUAUGCCUGCUGCUUACUUCACAACGCCAGCGGAUGUCAUCAAAACGCGCUUGCAAGUCGAGGCCAAGAAGGGCCAAAGCACAUACAAUGGUAUAAUGGAUGCAGCGCGCAAGAUUUUCAGAGAAGAAGGCUUCCGUGCUUUCUUUAAAGGAGGGCCUGCACGAAUCUUUCGCUCGUCACCUCAGUUUGGUACCACCUUGAUGGUCUAUGAAGUCCUUCAACGUGCAUUCCCCUUUGGUGGAGAGAAGGAGGCGACACAGCAAGCUCUGACGCGGGUUGACUCUACGCAUCCGGAUGACCUGAGCUACUUGCAAUCCAAGAACGCGCUUAAAAUCCUUCUAGACGUUCACUACAAGUUUGGAAUAGUACCCCCUAACACCAAAAUUGCUGGUGCAACUAGUUCAUAAAAUACUUUUCACUCUUAAAAAAAAAGACACACCUGAAAAGCUUUUCAAUCAAAAGGCAACGAGGCAUGGACUUUAUCCAUCUACACAAACGGC